CAUUCUAUAGAGAAGCAGCGUUUAAAUCCUUACGGACCUUGGAGGGUUACAUUUACCCAAAACUUAUUUUCAAAUGGGCCCCGUCGCCUAGCGUUUACUCCCCCAUCCUCGCCAACUGAGUUGAAUUGGUGCUACUGAACAUCAAGCACGUCUGGGUCAGAAAAAGGUUUCCAUCAAGCACGUUACAGUGACCAAUAACUGAAGAAUGGCGGCUAUUCCAGCAGGCGGUUCUCUUGUGGCGACAACUGAUUACUACCGAAGGCGCAUCGGCUCUACAUCCAGCAGCAGCUCUUGUGGCAGUUCGGAGUACAGUGGGGAGGUCAUCCCUCACCAUCCAGGACUCCCUAAGCAGGACUCUGGCCACUGGUGGUCCAGUUUCUUCUUUGGGAAGCAGCCAGGGAUGACCCCUUUGACCGAGGAGGCACAUCAGAAGGCGGGGGUCUCAGGUGCAGUGACCAACGGUCAGAUCACCUGCGUUGCCAGGGAGAUGGUGUUGCAGCAGCAGAUGAGCGAGAGCAGCGACGCAGGAAGCCCCACCUCCUCCUGAUCCUGCAACUCAUUCCAGUCCACACUGCACCUCGGGGAGAAACGAUCCAACAACCAACGCUAGGUGACGGGAAACUGUCCCAUUUCCACUUUUUUCUUUUUUUUGUACAUAUUUUUGUCCUCAUAGUAAAGGCUGCCUUACCUGUCUGAUUCUGUAGCCUUGUGAUACUGUCUUUGUUUUUUUAUUGAAGACCAAAAAUGAGAAAAAAAAAAAAAAAAAAAAAGGUGGUGCGAGCGGUGAGCGCCGUUAACAUUUGUAACGUUCUGUGUUUGUACUUUGUGUAAACUGAUUUACACUCACAUGCUCUUUUGUUAUAUACAUUUCUCACCUGUCAUUGCAAUAAAAUAGACUGUUGCAGCCUGA